AUGAAUUAAGAAGAUGAUGAAAAAUUUGUAAUCAAAACCUUUAAUAUAUUUAGUUUAUUGACACUGUUCAAACAUAAUAACUUGAAAUUGAGAGUUUAAAAAAGUAGAUAAGAUUACAAGAAUUUCAAUCCAAAUAACAACAUCUAGAAGUAAACUCUUAAGACUAUCAAAGUUAAUAAAUUCCCUUGACUAAUUAAAGAAAAGAAAUGAAGAAUUGGAUAUUGAAUUAAACAAUUAGAUUGAAUUAACUCAUGAAACUAAAUUAUAGAAAUUUGCCCUAUAAAUGUAAGAGCAAUUAGCAAAAGCAGAAGAAUAAAUACUCAUUUAUUAAGAGAAUGAAGUAAAUAUUUAAUGAACCACUUUUUAGAUCAAAUUACUUAAAGAUAUUUAGUAACUUUAAGCAAAAUUAGAAUCUGAUAAGAUUACUGAUUUAAAACAUUAAUUAGUAAAAAUGGAAGAGACUGCAAUUGCUUUAAUUGUUGAAAAAGAAUUUAUAAUAUCUGAAUAAGCCAAAGAAAUUGAGUUAUUGAAAUAAAAUGAGAAAAUUUAUAAUUCAUAAACUUAGAAUAGUAAUAAUACUCAAAUUUAAAUAUAUGAUUUUCAAGAAUUAGAAAACAAAAUUUAAGAAUAUUAAUAAAAACUAGAACAUUAAUAAUCUCUUCAUGAAGAAUAAUUAUAUAAUUUAGAAAGAACAAUUACAAAUAAUAUUUUUGAAUCUUUGGAACAUGAAAUGGAUUAAAAAAAAUUAGUUGAAUAAGAUUUAUUACAUUAAAUUAGCAUUUUGGAAGAAAAAAACAAAUAUUAUGAAAAAAUAAUAAAUGAACAAGAAAGAAAACUUAAUUCUUUAAAAGAAGAAAAGAACUAAGAAUAAAUAAUCUAUGAUAAAAGGUAUUAGGAAAUUUGUGAACGAUUAAGAAAUGCUUUACAGUAAAUAAUUAAAAGUGAUAAGAAAUGUGAAGAUGCUUAUAAACAAUUUUCAUUAUUAUAAAGAGAGAAACAAAAUAUGACAAAACAGAAAGAAGAACUUAUUCGAAAAUAAGUUUAUUUGGAUAAUCAGAAUAGAAAAAAUACAUAAGCAAUUUAAGAAUACAAAGAAUUAACUGAAACUUUAUAAUAGUAAGUUAAUGAAUAGGACUAAUUAAUUUAAGAAUAAAAUGAAUAAUUAUAAAAAUUAGCUUAACAUUAUGAAUAACAACUAAAAAUUGCUAUUUAAUCAAAUUCAUAAAAAUUUGAAUUUAAUGAUCAUGAAAUAACAUAAAACUAAAAUGCUUUAUUAAGUGAUUUACUUAAAGAUAGUUAAAUGAGUUAACAUCCUGAAAAUACUCAUAUUGAUUCUCCUAUUCAUUCUAUUUCUCAAACACCUACUUCUCAUUUAUCAGAUUCUUAUUGUUCUUUCCAAACUAAAAAUAGUUCUAGAAGAAGAGUAGGACCUAAUUGUAAAUAUGAAAAUAUUAAAGAUGCAUUGCUUGAUGCUAAACAUAUUAUUAAGUAAAUAUUAAUCUAUAUUUGAGAAUAUAAAAUUUAGAAAUUUCAAAUUUAGAAUAAACAGUUGAAAUUUUAUAGAAAGAAUUAAAAUCUUAACUUUUAGAAAUACAUAAUCUAAGAAAAACUAAAUUAGAUUUUAAAUUAGAUAAGGAAAAUAAAUUAGAAAUAGAAAAAUUGAAAAUGUGUUUAAAUACAAUGGAAACGCAUUAUUUAACUACUAAAUUGAGUUUAGCUGAAGAAGUUAAUUUUUUAAAAGAUGAACUUAAAAGAGCAGAAUCUGAAGCAAUUAAAUCAAAAAUGUAAUUAACUUAACUAAAUUCUGAAUUCUGCAUAAUUCAAUAAAAAUAUUAAAAAUUAGAUAAAUAACAUUAAUAAAGUCUCACAACAAGAUAAGCUAUAAAUAUAGAUGAUAAAAGUCCUGUUAAAAGUAGGAAGAGCAUAUUUUCUAUCUUUGGUUGA